GCAACUAUGAAGGAGCUGAUGGAGGUCACGACUAUCUCCGGCAAGUUCUUGCCAGUGAGCUUGAUCCGGCGACCUCGGGUUCCAGGCGCCAAGGCAGCACGUUCGAGCCGUCUACGCCACAGGUACCGUUCCAAGCUGCAGGCACAGCGCCUGUGUCAGGCGCGUCGGGAUUUCGAUCCGACUGGCGUCCAGGCUGUGCUUGCAGUGGCAAGGCCGCCAGCGGUGGAAGAGUACGGACAGGGCAAGAAGUCCACACCUCACGUGCACAUUAAGGCAUGGGCCGUGGACGAGCCAGUGAGCGACAGGAAGGUCAUGAUGCUGGAGGCCCUCGAACCAGAGGAGGUUGCCCUCUACUGCGAGGAGCAGAAAGUCAUGGCCAGCCCCAGCCACUGCAACCAGGUGAUGUUCAAGGAGCUGGAAAACCAAUACGGAUGUCUUAGAGGAGAAUACCGCGAAUACGUGGCAUACCUGACCAGGCCCGACCUGGUCAAAGGCGUGCGGAGGCUCACGAAGGAGAGCGAGGUCAGAGCCGUGGCAGGGUUCACAGUGGUCCCAAGGCGUUCGGGCGACAAGCAGAGGAAGAUCUUGAUGACCUGUGCCUUCAGCUACCUAACGCGAGAGGUGCAGGAGCGAACUACCUGA